CGCCGGCUGGAAGGGAGCCCGGAGCCGCGGCUGCCCGGCAGACGGAUGCCCCAGCAGGGCCUGUCCAUGGAUGCCAGCAAGAAGGUGGAUCUGAAGAUAAUUAUCAUAGGAGCUCUGGGUGUGGGCAAAACCUCCCUCCUGCACCAGUACGUGCACAAGAGGUUUUACGAGGACUAUCGCACCACGCUGGGUGCCAGCAUCCUGACCAAGGUCCUGGCGGUGGACAACACUCCCCUGAAGGUGCAGAUCUGGGACACAGGGGGACAGGAGCGGUUCCGAUCCAUGGUGUCAACCUUUUACAAAGGCUCAGAUGGCUGCAUGCUGGCCUUUGACGUGACAGACAGGGAGUCCUUUGAGGCCCUGGACAACUGGAGAGAUGACUUUCUGGACAAGGUCAUUCCAAGGGAGCAAGAUUUCCCCAUGGUUGUGCUGGGGAACAAAAUAGACAUCAGUGAUCGCCAGGUGUCCAAGGAGAUGGCCUCAGCCUGGUGCAAGGAGAAGGACAUCCCGUAUUUCGAAGUCAGUGCCAAGAACAACAUCAACGUUGCAGAGGCCUUUGAGACCCUGGCAAAGCAGGCGCUGGUGACGUAUAAAGGGAUUUUUGAGAGUUACUUAACGGACUCCAUCAAACUCACCCCUCACGACAAGCCCAAGAAGAGAUGCUGCUGAGCCGGGCAGGCUGCCCUGUGCCCAGCCGAGCUCCCCAGGAUGCCCAAGGCUGCAGCCCGGCAGGGUCAGUGCCCGUGCGGGAUGGCCAGGCCGGGACCCAGCGGUGCAUCCCGGGACUUGUUGCUUCCCAGGUCUCCAGAGCUGCUCUCCCAAUCCAGCAGCCUCUCCAACCGCUGCUGCCCCACAGUGGCCCGUCCUCCUCGAGCCGCUGUUGUCUGGCACCCGAUGAUCCCCCUGCGGUGACAGUGCCGGGGAGCCCUCGCUGCUCCUGAUGCCUUGACAGAGACCAGGUCCUCAGCCCAAGGGUGGCCCUUCCUGGCACAUGAACUGGUGUCCUCGUGUACAGGCUGUCCUGGGGGAGGAGGGAGGCUGCUGGCCACGGCACUGGUCUGAAAGCAGCUGGGUCCCCUCCCAGGAUCUGCUGCUGCAGAGACAACCAUCCUGUGCCUCAGUUUCCCCUGCUCUCAUGCACAACCCCUGUCAAACAGCUCACACCUCACUGGUGAGGAUCCUCAGUAAAGCACUUUG